AGCCUCGUGAUCUGUCUUCAACGAUCUUCUCCCGUACACCACAAAUGGAGGAGUUCUCGUUCUGAGCUCACCACACAGCAUUUCCUCGGUCAUGAACCUUCUUACUGACGGAAUUUAGCCUUCCGGAUAAUGAAUAACUAGUGACAACCAUGAUUGGUCCAUUUUGCGCCCACAUGUGCAGUCCUUGAUCUUCCACCGAAUAUCUCUCAAUGCCGGAGUCACUCUUUCAUACCGGAAUUACGCUCUCAAAAGUAAUGAUUUAGUAACCGAUCUAUUCAUUAAGGGCUCGACAACUUCAAGAGCUGGGAAGUCUUUUACUACUCAUCCAUGCAGUACCCUAACUCGUACUCCCACAACGGCCAACCCCAUGUCUCUACCCACCAUCCCCGACAAUCCUCUUCAAGCUCAAACACUCACACCUCUACAUAUCCCCAACAAUCACAGGUAUUAUCGCCUUACCCACUUGACACCACUAUGCCCAAUGGCAUAAUAGGGAACCACUCUAAUCCAUUACAGGCCCAUCUUUACCCGCAGCACGGGGCACCACCUAUGGAUCCCCGCAGGUCGUAUUAUCCUCCCCCUCCUGCCCCUCCUCCCCCGGCGAACCAGCCAAAUACUUACUACCCCUCACACCAUCACUCGUCUGGGCCAAGUUCACAAUAUGCGAUAAACUCUCAUACCCAUAUCGAUCCCCAGUCUCUCCAGCAUGCCCACUCACAAUUCAUUCCGACCCCAUCACAGACGUAUCAAGUGUAUUCCAACACUGUACCAUCGAAUCCGCGCUCCCGCCCCUCCAUCGAACCCUACUAUCACAUGUCCCCCAAUCCCCAGCACACCACCCAAGGCAGCCCACCCCCUGCUGCUUCACGUUCCGCACACACAUCCCCCUCCAGUAACCCGGCCCUUGUUGGAGAUCGCUUUCCCUGUGAGCUUUGUGACAGGUCGUUUACACGUUCGCACGAUAGAAGGAGACAUUAUGAGACCGUGCACGCAACAACCCCCGUCCUACAUCGAUGUCGUUACUGUGGGAAGGAUUUCAGUCGCGCGGACUCACUUAAACGCCACAUCGAUAAUGGAUGCGACGAGAUGCUGUCGCACAAAUAGAUCUGGAAACAGACUUUUUUGGUUAUUUCCUUUCUGUCUUCCAUACCAACCAAUCCAACCUUUACCAUCCGGGCAUUGUCCUAAUUCCUCACU